AUGAAGAAUGGGGUUGUCAAUGUCAUGUCUAUAGAAAAUGAUACGAGCUUGUACUCAUGCCCCAGUGUUGAGGAAUACAUUAAAGACCAAAAUAUUUUACUUCAAAUAAUAUCAGAUGGUCCUUUGAAGUCAUUUUGUUAUCGCCGACUGAUGUACCUUUCGUCCCGUUACCAACUGCACACCCUUCUUAACGAGCUGCAUGAGAUGGCUGCACAGAAGCAAGUACCACACCGAGAUUUCUACAAUGUGAGAAAGGUCGAUACUCAUGUUCAUGCCUCAACUUGCAUGAACCAAAAACACCUGCUGAGGUUUAUUAAGAAAAAAAUGAGAACUCACAAUGACGUUGUGGUCUGUAAGGAUGAUCAAGGCAAAGAAAUGACAUUGGAAAAUGUAUUUAAAAGUUUGAAUCUCACAUCUUAUGAUUUAAGCGUUGACAUGCUGGAUGUGCAUGCGGAUAGAAACACUUUUCACAGAUUCGACAAAUUUAAUUCCAAAUAUAACCCAGUCGGUGAAAGCAGAUUCAGGGAGAUUUUUAUAGAAACUGAUAACAUAAUGGAAGGAAAGUUCUUUGCUGAAUUGUUAAAAGAAGUGAUAAAUGAUCUGGAAGAAAAUAAACAUCAAAAUGCAGAGUACAGACUUUCAAUUUAUGGCUUGUCAAUUAAUGAAUGGGACAAAUUGGCUAAGUGGGCAGUUAAUAACAAUUUGUACUCUGACAACGUUCGUUGGUUGAUACAGGUUCCGAGAUUAUAUGAUGUCUACAAGUUAAAUGGCAUCAUUGGAGACUUUAAAGAAUUUUUGCAGAAUUUAUUUCUUCCUUUGUUUGAAGCAACACUUUAUCCAUCGGAACAUCAAGAACUUCACAUGUUUUUAAAAUAUGUUGUCGGCUUUGAUUCAGUUGAUGAUGAAUCUAAACCAGAAUCAUCCCAACCUGAAGCUUGUCAUGUUUCACCCGAGAAUUGGAACUACCCAGAAAAUCCACAUUAUUCUUAUUACUUAUAUUACAUGUUCAGCAAUAUGGUUGUUCUAAAUAACCUUAGAAAGGAAAAUGGCAUGAACACAUUUGUGCUAAGGCCGCACAGUGGAGAAGCAGGCUCUGUCCACCAUCUUGUUUCAGCAUUUAUGACUUCUCAUAACAUAUCACAUGGUCUGAUGCUGAGAAAAGCACCUGUACUUCAGUACUUAUUUUAUUUGUGUCAAGUAGGCAUUGCAAUGUCUCCAUUAAGCAACAACUCCCUCUUUCUCAACUAUCACCGCAAUCCACUAGCCGAGUUUCUUGGCAGGGGUCUUUUGAUCUCUCUUUCAACUGACGACCCACUACAGUUUCAUUUUACCAAGGAGCCAUUAAUGGAAGAGUACAGUAUAGCAGCCCAGGUCUGGAAAAUGAGUAGUGUAGAUAUGUGUGAAUUGGCCAGAAACAGUGUUCUGAUGAGUGGAUUCCCACAUAAGGUGAAGCAGCACUGGAUUGGUAAAAACUAUCAGAACCCUGGACCCCAUGGCAAUGACUUGCACAAAACUAACGUACCAGACACAAGGGUCAGGUUCAGGCAUGAAACACUGAUUCAAGAACUACUCACCUUGUUUGAAACAUUUAAUAAAAUAUAA